GUGAUCGCAAAAUUCAAAAUUUCGCGGCACGGGAAGCCGGGGAGAGAGACACAGAUCAGGGAAGAGAGACAGCAGGUAAAACGAGGAUGAUGGCCAAAAUUCAGCAGGUAAAAGACAUGCGGCUGGACAAGGAAAACCGAGCGAUCAAAACACACGUCCCCGCCGCCAAACUCAACCCUACCAGUAAGGUACCAGGGACUAGUGGUGUACCAGUUCUGCCGGCCAGUACGGCUCAGACGGCGGCCAGCCAAGACCCCAGAGCCGACAAAUCGGCGGCUCCUGCAACUUUUGGGGAGGAUGGGAGAGAGGACCAGCCCCAAGCCACUAAGGGAAAGAGGUGGACGCUGCAGGAUUUCGACAUUGGGCGGCCACUCGGCAGAGGCAAAUUUGGGAGCGUAUACCUCGCACGUGAGAAAAAGACCAAAUUUGUCGUCGCAAUAAAAGUGUUGUUCAAGAGCCAGUUACAACAGGCCCAAGUGGAGCACCAACUGAGACGAGAGAUCGAGAUACAGUCCCACCUUCGGCAUCCCAACAUCCUCCGGCUCUAUGGGUAUUUCUACGACAGUACGAGGAUCUACCUGAUCCUGGAGUAUGCUCCCCGCGGCGAGCUAUUCAAGGAACUGCAGAAAGCCACAAAGUUUCCAGAGCAGAGAGCGGCCACGGUGAGUCAACUGCCCCCUACCUGUGACCACACCCACUGGCCACACCCCCCGCAGUACGUGGCACAGCUGGCCGACGCCCUUCACUACUGCCACUCCAAGAAAGUCAUUCACAGAGACAUUAAGCCAGAAAACCUGCUCGUCAACUUGAGGGGAGACCUCAAAGUCUCGGAUUUCGGCUGGUCUGUACACGCCCCUUCUUCCAGACGGACCACCAUGUGUGGCACACUGGACUACCUGCCUCCAGAGAUGGUGGAGAGCAAGCAGCACGACGAGAGAGUUGACAUCUGGGGUCUCGGAGUCCUCUGCUACGAGUUCCUUGUCGGGUCUCCUCCAUUUGAGUCCUCGACACAGAGAGAAACUUACAACAGAAUCUGCAAGGUUGAUCUUCGCUUCCCAAGCCACGUGUCUGAGGGAGCAAGAGACCUCAUCUCAAAGCUUCUCCAGAAGCUGCCGUGCAAUAGGAUCUCUCUCCCAAAUGUUCUAAAACACCGGUGGAUAUUGGCCAACGCUGAACGAUUGCCGCAGAGCGACACGCCCUGAUCCCCUCCCUCCAUUCCCCCACCAACCUUAUUCCCACUGCAUGGCAACUGACAUGAACAACACGCACACACACUGCUUGUCUCGCACUAGAAUUGUAAGUUUCUAAUUAUUGCACACAGCUGUGCUG